CUGGGCGGGACUUGUUGCCAUGUUUACGUCUAAACCUCCCCGGAGUAGUGAUUUUGUUAACGGGUUGUCCUUAUUUCUGUGUCCGGCCUCUGAAGCGAGUUUAUCGGGUGUCUUCUUUUGUCUCACUAUGGCGUUCUUCGGUUUAACAAACAUGGGUUAUCAAAACCCAAUAGGAGACAAAAUGAUAGUGAAUCCCAGAGGAGCGUCUCAUCCUCCUGCGGGUAGUGGGAUUAAAACCAGAGCAGAGCUGCCUCCGUCUUUUCAACAACAACAGGGAUCCCUCAGAUGUACGGACACAUGCAACGUUUACCACCGGCCACUUCCCAACAGCACAGACAUACACCAUGGGAGCCAUGAGCGAUACAGAGAGAUGGUCAAACGGGUUCAAACACCAAGAUCGCCACACCAACUGUACAAAAUGCCUCUAACGGACAGCCAGCAGUAUGGGUGGAUAACGUCCCAGAGUCCUGAACUGUGGACCAAAGUCAAGCGGUUUCCACGGAAGAACAGUGAGAUGACAAAGUUUGUUAAUGAAAUGUCAAUGACUGACCGGGAGUUCAGCCUGUUUUGACAAACAGAUUUCUUCUUCUUCAGUUAUUACACACCAUCACACACAAAACAGCAUUGUUUCUGAUGUGGAUUUCUGACAUUAAACUGAUAACGGACACACUUGA